AUGCCACCGCGGAAGAAACAAAAGAUCGUAACCCCCUCGCAGGAACAUCCACAGCCCACCCCUGCCGGCCGCGAGAUAGAUUACGAUGAGAUAGUUGCAGAUCCAUGGACAGACGAACAGGAGACAUCGCUGUUGAAAGGGAUAAUACGGUGGAAGCCCGUAGAUAAGUUUCCUGAAGCUAACAUGACCGGACAAUUAGGGAUGCACAAGCACUUUCGCAUGCUAGCGAUUUCGGACUAUAUGAAGAGCCAAGGAUACGCAACACCGACUGAGCAGCACACACGAAUACCGGGAAUAUGGAAGAAGUUAGGCACUUUAUAUAAUCUAUCUGGGCUGGACGAUAGGGAGGAACCGGUAUCGACGGAAGAAUCAGAGGAUACCGAACACCCUCAGGAGCUUUAUUGUCCCUUUUCCUUACCUAUUGAUGAAUUCGGAGAUAUGAUGUGGGAUCGAAGACUAAACCCAGAAGGCUCUGUUUCUCCAUCAGUCAGCGGGAGAGGGACUUCUAGGCGGGCUAGUACUAUUGCAGAUACAGAUGAGCCCCGUUCAUCACCAGCACCGUCACGAGGAAGCCGGCGAGGCCGGUCGAAGCGCCAGCCAAGGGGAAGCACACGCUCUUCAAGGUUGCAGGUUGAGGUGGAGUCCAACAGAGACGCAACUAGUGAUAAGGGGAGCGUCAAUGAGAUGGAAGACGGUGAUGAAGAUGACACAGAAGCUGGCAGAGAUGGCAGUGAUGAUGAUGGUGAUUCGAAGAUAGCGGAAUCUCCUGCACCACGAGCUACGAGGACGCAGUCCACGCGCGGGAAGCCAAAGAAGGGAAGGCCCGCGUCGAAACGUGGGAGUAGACGGCGGUGA